AAUAUACCUCAGAAGAGCAGAAACACGAGAGAGAGUAAAUUCAUAGAGCUCGAUUUUUCGCACAAAACCGAUGAGCAACAAAAUUAGAAUGACUGUUUUAUCCUGGAGGCGACCGGCUGAUAGUCUGCUGUGCGCAAUACGAGGCAGUGCCGCGAACGUCUUAAAGAAAGCGACCUAGUCCGCGACUCAGCCAAAUCGGUAACCCUAAUUUUUUUGUUCGGUUUCUAACAAAUCGCUCUCAUAAUAUGUUUUCAGUUUUCACCGCCUUCCAACUUCCGAAUCCCUCUCAUAUUUGUUAUGGUUUCUGUAAUGGUUAAUGGUUUUACUUGCCAGUACAAGUACACGCAAAAUUAAGGUGUGUAUAAUGGAUGGCUUUUUGUUGCCAUUAUAAUUCCUUUUGGCAGUAGUCAUCACUCAUCAACAGCCUGGGUGCUCUGUUUUGGUGUCAAAGAAAUCGAGUCGAUGCGCUGUUAGGCAGUAGGAAUGUUAUUUAAUUAUAUAUGAACCAUAAUGAAUUGCGGUAAAAUAUGUGGUGCGGUCUAGAUCGUACCAAACCGCUAAUUUAUGCGAUUUGGUUUGAUCGCAUCAAUAAUAUUGCGGUCGAACAUGCGGUGCAAUCCAAUUAAGAUGCGGUGUGGUGUGGUUUAUAUCAAUACGGUGCGGUCCAAACCGCACCAAUGCCCACCUCUAGAUGCAACAACCUUCGAGUUAGACUAGAUUACCAUAACUAAUCUGUUAGACAAACAAAGUGACCAUAUGACAACAUUUUUUCAAAGUUAUGCAAUUUCUUGUUUUACAAUUUUGCUUUUUUACGGGUUUUUUUUAAGUAGCGGAGCGCUUAAGGGCGCCACAACCUUUACUCAUGAGCUAAAUGAGGAGUUUGCACACCAAGGUGGUCAAAAUCAUUAGUAUCAUUUAUAGUGCAAACUUAAAACUGCCAUCCCCAUUAAAAAAUUUCUGCAUCUUGAGUGAUUUUCGGGUGUUGACGUGGCUGGCAUUUGGCGGGUGCAUUUUUCGGAAGGGUAACGUGGGAUUUGGUGACAUAAAUCAUGUCUUUUCUCUUCCUUCAAUUUCUCCUCGCAAGCUGCAACUACCUAACUGCAUCCCCACAAUCUGAAUCUCCUCAUGCCGCAGAACGGUGAGAACUCUCCAUUAACAAACCGGUGUGGUUGUUCGCCGACGGACAUCCACCUCUCGGGCAGCAGGCAACCCUCCUCCGCAGCAUCCCAAUCUCAUUUAGGCGGCAAAUACUCGACGUCCCACCCUCUAUAUAGUAGUUGAAUCGAGUCUCGACGAGAUUCACCUACGCCGGCGUACAAUGAGAAGUCGCAUAUGCUGCUACAAACCUGACUCCCUGCUUCCGACUCAUGAAACCACGAGUUUCGAUGGUAUCGUUGGUCUUCCUUACCGUUGAUGAAUAAAUGCAUUUUGGUUAGUCUGGCCUUCGAUUACCCCAAAAAUUAGCAGUUCCAGUCUAUGAAGCUCGAACGCUGGAAGCAAGUAGCAAUUGCAGAGAACUGGUCUCUGAAUUGGAAAUUGAAUUGAGUGAUAGGGUGAUUCAAAUGGUUGGAUCGAAAUCAUCCAAGAUACUUGAACAGUCACUGCAGCUCAAGCAACAGGAAGAGAAGGCAAAUUGGUUGGUUGGGAAAGUGGAUGGGUUAGAGAGAAAGGUUGACAAACUAAUGAGGAGAUGGGAGAAAAGAAUGAAGAAAUAGAUAGGCAAAAAGAGGAAUUUGAAUUGAAAAUCUUUAGUGAUAGAAAGGUUACUGAAGAGGAGAAGUUCAAGCUUGAGGAGAAGAUUCAUGAACUCGAAAGGAAUCUGAAGGAGAAAAGUAGAGAAGUGGAGGAGGGAAGAGCAUUGAUAGGUAAUCCUUUUUGGCUUUUUCUAGCUUGAUCUCAUGGUUCUAAUCUCGAAUCUUGAGUGUUUCAUGGUCUAUCUAGGCACUACAAGAAAAACUAAUGAUAACCACGGUUACCUACUGACACUCGCCCAUGACCGUCGGUAUCUAUAAAUUGUUGACGGGCAAAGUGGACGGAAUAUUUGACCGUCGGUAUCUAAUUGAUGUUGAGAUGCAGCAAAGCUAUAUAAUUAACACAGGCCACAAUUUAUUUCGUUUUCCCUUUUUCUUUUACUUAAAAAGUUAAAUACAAAAGAUAAAAUAAAGCAUUUUUUUUCCAUUGAUUUAAUAUUAGUCUCAAAGAGAUCGUGACUCGUGAGUCGUGAGACAGAGGAUACAAGUCCAGAGAGAAAGAGAGAGGAGAGAGAAAGAGGGCGAGAGGGUUGUGGCCAGUGGAGAUCCAACCACACAAUCGAGAGAGAGAGAGAGAGAGAGAGAGAGAGCACGCAGUGAAGCUGAAAUUUUGUUUCCUCAAUUGCCGCGUAGCUUCCUCAUCGAUUGAAAACCCUAAAUUGACCAGCUUCUGUGCCAAUGUCAACGGAGCAUCUCGCAACCGUUCGGAUUUGUCAGCAGGAGAAGUGAAUUUCUCAUGUGUCUUGUAGAAUUUCGACGCGCUAUAGAUGGGAUGGACGAUGGCGCACUCAGAAUUGCUCUGUCACCGCCUAUCAUCUUCACUCUCAGUCAUGGGUGAUCUGAGCCACAUCCACUAUCCUGUAAGAUCUGAAUCGAGGUAAGAGUUCUGGUGGUGAGAUGUUCGAUUGAGUUAGUACUCUCAAUUGGGGGUUUUUCUCAAACCCUAAGUUUUCUAUUCUCAACCGAGUCUCCUCUGUUGCUUCAUCCCUUAACCGAUUCGUACGCGUUUGUUUGGGUGCUUGACUAAUGCAUGUUGAGUCUAUUUGGUGAUUGUUUUGGUAGUUGAGAAGUUAAUUGAUCCUAAAACUCAAAAUACAACAUUACUCUGCAAGUCAUGUGAUUGAAAUUCUGGAAUCGGCCCUGUUUUUGACUUCUUACACACCCUGUCAUUCAUGCAGUACAACCUUUAGGCCAUCAGGGAAGAAAUUAGAAGAGAAGAGUAUGUCUCAAUGAUGCUUUUGAAUCAAAAGUUUUGAUGAUUCAUUUUAUCAUCAAUGAUGUCAGUUGAAUUCUUGCUCCAAAUAGUUGUCCUGGAUAUGCAUGAACUAAAUUAUCAUUCUUAAUUUGGUGGUAAUCAUUGCUACUUUUAAAUUCAGUUGUGUAUAACUAAUUAGCAUAUGUCUUUCUCCUCGUUCUAGCUAGCGCUCUAAUAGCUGUGUCUUUUUCUUGGCAGGGACUACAAGCAUGUCAAUGAUAAACACUUAAUUACCCAAUUGGAAAGGUAGGUAAUGAGGCAAAAAUGAUAGAACUAUGUCUGGUAGCUAAAAGAAAUGUGUCAAUUUAGAGAACAUUUACUAACAUUUUGGUGAAUCUGAAUCUUUCCUAAGGUUCUGUUGAGGGUAAAAAUCAUCAUGCAGUGUUUUGUUAGCUUCCUGUUAAGGCUGUAAAUGAAAUUUAUUUCAAAGGAAACUCGUGUUUGUAAUUUGCAACUGGUAGUCAAGUAUUGGGUUUCCUAACUCACAUCUAUUUUCCAAGUUUUCACCUUAUUUUCUGUACCAAUGAAUGAUUGGUAAUAAAAUUUCCUAGUUCUCCUAAUCGUUUCAUUCCCAUGAUGCUCUUGUUCUUUUGCAGGUGAAAUAUGAGAGAGUUCUUGAGCUUCUGACAACAAUAUAAAUGUUCAGUGUAGUGUUAAGGUGUGCUCCUGCUAUUGAAUUUCUUCCUUCCUUCCUUCCUUCAAAAUAGCAGUUUAUUGAGCCUCUAUGUCUUCUGUGUUCUGGUAAGCCUAUUGAGAAGGAAACUGAAUAUUUGUGGGCUUUAUCAUGGAUGGUAGAUCAAAAUACGGUGGUGAGGUUUCUUAAAGCUAUUUUGCACUACAAAUUAUUACUUUACUCUAUUGUUCAUAUUUCAUGGCUUUGUGCAAUUGUGCUAGCUACUACUUUUCUGUUUGAAUGCUAAUAAGCUGUUACAGUAGUAGGUUAUGUGAUGAAUCCUAUAUGCUUCCUCUCUGCUUCGUCUACUCAUGUUGCUUGCUUCUACUCUCUUUUCCUACAGGGAAGAGAGUUGUGAAGCCGUCAAAGAUGACGUCAAAGGGCCUGCCUGCCGGAAUGUUAAUUGCUGUCUGGGGGUGGUUGAGAAAGAUGGAGUUACUUUUGCAAGUGGAAUUGUUCAGGAGAAUGAUCUAGUUUCUUUAUUCUGCCUUAGACAUCUGAUUACUGUGCUGCCUUAACUUUUCUGGAAACAGAUCGAGCUUUCCCCACAGACUGAUAUUCUUAAGACUGGUAAAUUGAAGGAGCUUGUCUCUUAUGAUCCUGACUGGUAUUAUAUAAGAGCUGGUAAGUACUAUCACUUCUAUGCAAAUGACCGACACAUAUGUAAUUGCAUUCUAUGAUCAUUCAAUCAUUUAUCGUUGUAAUUCGAUAAUGAUUAUGACAGCAGCCUCUUUGCCUUGAUUUCUCAGCCGUUACUUGUUCUGAUGUCUUCUCUUUGCUUUUAAGUAUAGAGAAGGACAUUCCACCAAAAAAAAAAAAAGUAUGAACAAGGACAUUAGGUGAUAUGGGUAAGGCUGGUGUUCACUAUGUGUCAGUGUUGACUUGAUAAACCAGAAAUGAAUUGGGAGAACACUCUGUCUCUUUAUUUUAUGAAAUUGGUGUUUUUUUACAUGUGGCAAUGGCUUUGUUCAUGUCCUGGUACUUCUUUUCAGAACGACUACAAACUCUGAAGGUGUGAAUUACGCGAAGUAAAUCUUGAAUUAAUUUGUGGCUCAGCACUUAGACAUAGAACUUUCAAUUUAUGUUUUCUAGAACCCUUUAGUAGCUUGCCAAGACCUGUUUAUUGCAUGCCAUAAUAAACACAGCCCGUGAUUCAGUAGCGUACUAAUGCAUGAAAUUCUCGAGACAGAUCACGUGGAUGAGAGUGACGACGAAGGUGCAGUGUAUAAGUAUUAUACUGCUAAAGCAUCAACGAAAAAGGAGAGAACAGCUCGAGCGGGAAGGUCAAGAUGGAAAUCAAAUCUAUAGGCUACAUUAGAGUUUGAGAAAUGAAAAGUAGUGUUUUCAGUUGAUGACUAAGGAAUGAUGGAGAAGGAAGGUCAAGAUAGAAAUUAAAUAUGUUGUCCAAUUUUGUCAGAGUUCAUAAAGGCAACAGAACUUUUAUAGUCUCUAGACUCCUGAUCUUGGGGAUUCUCUUCUUAUUGAUUGAGUAUUUGUUGGUUUCUAUUUCGCAGAAGCAAAAGUGUGUUCGUCGGGAAGAUCUUGCUGCAGAAUUCAAGAUGUGAACUUAGGUAUGUUCCUCCCCUUAUACUCUUAUAAGAAUACUCUAAAUUCUUUUUCUCAACUGCGUAACGCCCUAUUCUUACUAAAGUCAUCUAACACGGUUGCUACAUUAAUGAAACUGGACUUAUUAUAACAAAUGGUGAAUCAGAUUGUUAACAACAUCUAUAGUUUCAUAAAUACGGUUGCUACAUUAAUGAAACUGGACUUAUUAUCAAUUAAUAACGAAUACAUUUUACAAUAAAAAUGAUGGCUGAAAAUGUUAAUAACACAUAGAUUUUAUAUAAAAUAAGUUCGUGAUUUAAUUAAAAUGCUAAUAAUAAAAUAUAAGAACUACUACCCACGUUAAUGACCUAAACCAUUUCGAUUAACGAUGAUGAAACAGACUUUCAAUAACAUAUACAAUUUUAUAUAAUAUAUUGGACCCUACUAAACUAUGCUGCAGAAACUUUAACACACAUUCUUAAUUAACUUUUCCUCUGCGGUUCUUCAAAUAAUACCCACACAUAAAGCCACAUAGAACGUUACAGCUACCGUGUUGUCGCAAAGCUGCGGGGUAGGAACGUGAGAUGGAGACCGUCGUCGGCAGGUGGUCGAGAUAACCUCGUUAAAGCUCCUCGACCAAGCUGCAUAAAAACGAUGGCUGGGUUUGAGAACACAACAAAACCACCACAAAACU